AGCCCUGUGCUGCCAGGAAAGCCAGGUUUGUGGCCCCAUUGCACUGAAAAUUCUUUUCUGCUGCAGGCCUGCCAUCAGAUAUGGUUUUCUCAGGCCAGCAGUCUGGAUGUGAAUACCAGUGCAGGUGCAGUUAGUGCUUGGUUGCCUUCAAGUUUCACAACCUGUGCUAAUAAGUGGUUAACCUUGCUGAUCUCCAAGUAGGAGCAGUGCAAGAGGGAAUGAAGUUUGAACUGGGGUGGGUGGGAUAGAGAGAGCUCCACAAUGCAAUAUUCAAGGCUAUCUCCUCUUUUAUUUUUACCUAAUAUUUAAGAGCCUGUCCCUAGACAAUGAAUUAUCUCAUUAUUGAGUUACUGUGUUUUUCUUCAAGACAUGAUCCAAACAAAUCUGCUCUUUCAAACUCAAAGAAGUGUUAUUCGACUGCCUAAACAGCCUGAAGGUGGACAAGAUGGAAGCCAAAACACGACUCUCUUGCAUCCUGUCUAUCCUCCACAGUGGGACAAAACUGCUCUACCUGACAUCGGGUUUAAGUUGAUACAGCUCAGUUACGAUUCCCAAGAAUAUAGAAAAAUCAAGAGUCUAUUUGAGAAGACAAUGAAAAAUUACUGCAUCAACCAACUCCAGAGGAUCCAGAACCCAACACUUUGGGACAUUUUUCAGUGGUUUGUAUCUAUUUUAUUUCAUUAUCCUUACUGUAUGAGAAGACUGGUAUUUCCUGAUCAGUUGUCCUCCAUAGACUACAUUUGGAGCCGCCAAAUUCAGCAGUCCAGCAGAG